AUGGCCUCAUCAGUGGGCAGAGAUUACAAACAACCGCCCGGUCGCCGCCAGUCCCCCGCCGCGCACCGUCCGCCCUCGGGCUCCCCUCACCCGCCGCCUGUUGCCGGGCCGCACGGCCGUGGGCGCGAGCGCCUGGCGGGAGCGCGGAGGCGGGGGCGCGGACCGCGCGUUGGCGCCGCUCUCCCGGGCCUUGCCGUGGCCGUGGCCGCGGCCGCUGGUGGGUGGGGUGGGUGGCGCCUCUUUCGCCGGAGAGGAUUCAGGCUGAGGAAAGGCUCAGGCAGCCUCCCGCCGUCGGUGAGGACAGGCCCCGCUUCCCAGCCGCUCCGGGACAGGCGGGCCCGGGAAUCACGUGGCAGAGGGGCAAGACGGCGAGCACAGGACCCGACUCCCAUUGACAAGAUCCAGCCUCAGCACAACUUUAACAUUCAGCAGUUUACAGGGGUGUGGCGCCUCAUUGCUAUUGGAUCGCAAUGUUCCUAUUUGAGAAAAAGUAACUACAGGCUGGAUGCGGUCACUGUGCGAGUGAGUGAUCAGACUGAAGCCAUGCGGAUCAACACAUUACACAAAAUGGAUGGGAUCUGUUGGGACAUUAAGCAAGACUACAGGAAGGCUACAACCCCUGGGAGAUUCUCAAGAAAAAAUCGGGGACUGACUACUGACAUUGUAGUCAGUGACACAGACUACACCAAUUACGCAAUACUCUUCCUUCAGCAAAGACGGAAAAUUACUCUCAAGCUCUAUGGGAGAACCUCUAACAUCGAUGAAGCUGUACAGAUCAAGUUUCGUCAACUUGUUAUCAGCAACAACAUCCCAGAAAUAUUCAUUUAUGCAUUCCCUCAAUAUGGGUUCUGUGAUGCCGCUGAUGAAUUUCAUCAACUCGAUGACGAUUUGGGAAAAUCUUAAGCCGGAGGUGUUGAGCCUCACUCACUCUGCCCCCGGACAGUUUGUGGUUUCUCUGCUGAUGGAUGUGAUCAACAUCUUGUCAAUUGAUCAAAUAAAGUUGAGCAUGGCAUUAAA